AGCAGCGAGGGCGGUUGCGCAGUGACGGCGAGAACCGGUUUACGGGAAUUGCACCGGAGAUCGGGGGUCCUAGUACACCGCAAACAUGUCUAUUAUGUCCUAUAACGGAGGGGCCGUCAUGGCCAUGAAGGGGAAAAACUGUGUGGCCAUCGCUGCAGACAGGCGCUUCGGGAUCCAGGCCCAGAUGGUGACCACGGACUUUCAGAAGAUCUUUCCCAUGGGUGACCGUUUGUACAUCGGUCUGGCCGGACUCGCCACUGAUGUCCAGACAGUUGCCCAGCGCCUGAAGUUCCGACUCAACCUGUAUGAGUUGAAGGAAGGUCGGCAGAUCAAACCUCAUACCCUGAUGAGUAUGGUGGCCAACCUCUUGUAUGAGAAACGGUUUGGCCCCUACUACACUGAGCCAGUCAUUGCUGGGUUGGACCCGAAGACCUUUAAGCCCUUCAUUUGCUCUCUAGACCUCAUCGGCUGCCCCAUGGUGACUGAUGACUUUGUGGUCAGUGGCACCUGCGCUGAACAAAUGUACGGGAUGUGCGAGUCCCUCUGGGAGCCCAACAUGGAUCCAGAACACCUGUUUGAAACCAUCUCCCAAGCCAUGCUGAAUGCUGUGGACCGGGAUGCAGUGUCAGGCAUGGGAGUCAUUGUCCACAUUAUUGAGAAGGACAAAAUCACCACCAGGACACUGAAGGCCCGAAUGGACUAACCCUGUUCCCGGAGCCCCCCCUUUUUUUUUUUUUUUUUUGAAAUAAAAUAGCCUUUCUUUCA